UGUGAGCCUCCGCCAAUGACCCGAAGCGGAGGCGGUGGCGCCCGGGACUAACCGGGGAUCUUGGAGGGAGACAGGAUGGCUUCGUGGAGCUCUGACACCCCGUGUUCCUGCGAUUGCUUUGUUUCCGUGCCCCCGGCCUCGGCCAUCCCAGCUGUGAUCUUUGCCAAGAAUUCCGAACGACCGCGGGACGAGGUGCAGGAGGUGGUGUUUGUACCGGCAGGCACUCAUGCCCUGGCAGCCGCUCCAGGCUCCUUACUGCAGUGUACCUACAGUGAGGUGGAACAGGUGUCAAGGACUCACGCUGUAAUCCUGAGCCGCCCUUCUUGGCUGUGGGGGGCUGAGAUGGGCGCCAAUGAGCAUGGUGUCUGCAUUGGCAAUGAGGCAGUGUGGACCAAGGAGCCAGUUGGAGAGGGGGAAGCCCUACUAGGCAUGGACCUACUCAGGCUGGCUUUGGAACGGAGCAGCUCUGCCCUGGAGGCCUUGCGUGUGAUCACAGACUUGCUGGCGCGCUACGGGCAAGGGGGCAGCUGCCGGGAGGACCCCACACCGUUCUGCUACCACAACACAUUCCUGCUGGCUGACCGGACUGAGGCGUGGGUGCUAGAGACGGCAGGGAGGCUGUGGGCCGCACAGAGGAUCCAGGAAGGGGCCCGUAACAUCUCCAACCAGUUGAGCGUAGGCACGGACAUCUCGGCCGAGCACGCAGACCUUCGGACCCAUGCCCUGGCCCAGGACUGGUGGGAUGGGCAGAGCACUUUUGACUUCGCUCAGGUCUUCUCCCUGACCCAGCAGCCUGUGCGCAUGGAGGCUGCCAAAGCCCGCUUCCGGGCCGGGCAACAGCUUCUGCAGCAGCAACAAGGGGGCAUCACGGCAGAGGUGAUGAUGGGCAUCCUCAGGAACAAGGAGAGCGGCAUCUGUAUGGACUCUGGAGGCUUUCGCACCACGGCCAGCAUGGUGUCCAUCCUGCCCCGGGAUCCCACACAGCCCUGCGUCCACUUCCUCACCGCUACUCCAGACCCAUCCAGGUCAGUGUUCAAACCUUUCAUCUUCGCGGGGGCGGCCCAGGCCCCCCAGGUGCUGUCCCCCACUUUUGGAGCACGGGACCCUGUUCGGACUCAGCCCCGAUUCCAGACUCAGGUGGAUCGCCGGCACAUCUACCUCCGGCACCAGGUGGCCCUGGGGCUGAUAGAGAGCGAGCAGGAUCGGGGGCAGCAGCUCCGGCAGAAGCAGCGGGAUCUGGAGCAGGAGGGCCUGGAGGCUGCACGGCGGCUGCUGGCGGGGAAGGUGCCACCCCCACAGGAGCUGGGCGGCCUCUUCCAGGCCUUUGUGGAAAGGGAGAGCCAGGUGUAUGCCUGAGCACCACGGGGCCGGGGUGGGCACAGGACCCCAGUGCAAUCCCUUUGCUCCCCUCAGCCUUGUUUUGGGUGGCCAGCUCGGCCUUUGCCUCAAUAAAGUAUGUUAUUUCCCUGUUCGGUGAA